AUGCAUCUGUGUUCGAACUGUCUUCAUACACACACUGGACAACGACAAGUAAACACGUUCGAACUCGACCCCGACAUUCAGGCGACUGAUGUCAACUCUACAGCAGAAGGACUUAGGAUCAUCUGGUCACAAGGCCAACAUCAAAGCCUGUAUCCUUGGGAGUGGCUUUCUAAACACAUUCCGUUCAAUGCAGCUCCAACAGCAAAGCAUCCACGGCAGGAUUGGUACCAUGUCAAGCCAGCUUCGGCGCAGAAUGUGCAGACAGACUACGACACCGUCAUGAACAGUGAUGCAGGCCUUGGAGUCUUCCUUGAGCAAAUUCGGACAACUGGGUUCAGCUUUGUGCCCAACACGCCUGCCACACCAGAAGCUACGGAGAAGUUACUACAGCGCAUUGCCUUUAUCAGACCAACUCAGUACGGCGCGUUCUGGGACUUCACAUCAGAAGUCAAACCCGUCGACACCGCUUAUACCAAUCUGGAACUACCUCUCCAUACAGAUACAACGUAUUUCAACGAUCCAGCUGGCCUACAGCUAUUCCACUGCCUGCAAGUAGCCACAGAAGGAGGCGGUCAAUCCACCUUUUCCGAUACUUUCGCAGCAGCAGCACAGCUAUACAAGAUCAACCCCGACUACUACAACAUCCUGUCCUCGGUUCGUAUUGCCUCUCAUGCAUCUGGCAGCAGCUCUACCUUUGGAUCUUUCAUGAACAAUGCCUCGCAUGCCGGUGGCUUCCCAGUCUUCACCCAUUCAGUACCGCAUAUCAGACCACAUCCAAAGAACCUGACACACGUCCGCUGGAACAACGAUGACCGCCACUCAAGCACACAAUGGCCUAGUCAUGAACGCAUGAUCGUCUGGUAUCGUGCAGCCAAGGUGUGGCAGGAACUUCUGGCGAGUAAAGAGUUUCAAUGGCAAGCACAGCUUCAGCCUGGCACGCCAAUAAUUUUCGACAAUUGGCGCAUCGCACAUGGACGCACAGCCUUCGAUGGUCAAAGGAGAAUCUGUGGAGGAUAUAUCGGUAUGGAUGAGUUUUUGGCCCGAGGGAGGAUGAUCAGUGCUCGAUUGAGGGCAGAUGCACAGCCGGGUAGUGAGAAGACGAGCGAGGAAGAAAAGAAUGAGGAAAAGGUCAAAAAAGAACAAGAGGAAGAAGAGAAGAUCGAGAAAGAACAGCCGGAGACUGUCGAGCCGGAUGUACUACCGCAGAAGGAUGAAGGACUCGACCGACCAAUUGCUAGCUGA